CAUGACGCAGAACGUCCGCGUCAGCCUGCUGUCAUGUGACCUGUGUAGCGAGGAAGCGCAGUCCAUCAGAAAAUCUUCCCAGGAUGAAUCGAUCAAUUUUCAGCUCAGUAUUUGCGCUUUUAGGCGUUUUAUCAGGUGUGUUGGGGGACAGUUUGACAGUUCUCCGGAGUCCGCCGUAUGUGAACUUUCGGGAUGGACAGUGGCCCAUAUCUGGCGAGAAGAUCCCUGAUUUGGUUGCUCUGACCAUGGGCUUCUCUGUUCCUGAGGAACUCGGUUGGCCAGGUCUCUCCGCCGGCUCUUUGUUCGAGCGCCCUCGUGCCAACGCUCUGAUCGUCGUUCGUGGCACGGAGAGUCUCGACCUGCCAAAAAACAUUACAUCUUACCCCCUUGAAAAUCCGGUGCCGUUCACUCUAGACAGUGUGGCAAACACCGUGCACACUCUUUUUGCGGACAGCACCCCUGUGGUCCUGCAACUCGCUCCCAGCGAGGAGAGGCUGUAUAUGAUGGGAAUGGCCAACACGGUGUUCGAAGAUCUGCCCGUGACCCUGCAGCAGAUUCGAGGACGUCUGUCUCAGGACGGAUCUGUGCUCACCUCGCUCCCUCUUGUGUCUCUCAGCCGCAACAACGAGGCCGAUCUUCUCUUCCUUUCUGAGGUUCAAGUGCUGUAUGACAUCUCCGCUUUGUUACAGAAACACAAGCACCUGGCUAAAGACCCGGCUCCUGAUCUCUACUCCCUGGAGUUAGCAGGAUUAGAGGAGAUUACUCGUCGCUACGGCAACGACUCACCACAGUUCCUGGAUGCAACUAGGAUCCUGACGUCCGCCUUGCAGAAGUUUGCGAAUGAUGUCUCCAGCGUCUAUGCCAACAAUGCAGUUGUCGAAGUAGUCACCGUGAAGACGUUUGAAGUUCCUCUUACCAGAAAGUCUCGAUCCAUCCUUGAGUCCAAGCAGAUCAGUAACCCAGAAAGCCCCUACAAUCUGGCUUACAAGUACAACUACGACUACGCUGUGAUCUUCAACAUCAUCCUCUGGCUGAUGAUCAUUUUAGCUCUGUCUGUCAUUGCCGUUUCAUACAACCUCUGGAACAUGGAUCCCGGAUACGAUAGCAUCAUCUACAGAAUGACCAAUCAGAAGAUCCGUAUGGACUGAGCCCUGUCUCCCAUUCCAGCUUUGUGUUGUGUAUCUGAGUAUGUGUGUGUUUUAUUUUUGUGUAUUGAAACUUGAUGUAUGGGCACCACUGAAUUGCUUAUUGUAUGAAAUGUUCGGACAUUACAAAAUCACAGAGACACAUGGGUAAAGAUUAUUUAUUGAUGCCUGUUGGUAAGAUACUCUUGUAGAUUUCCUUAAUAAAACAUAGAUAUGAAUCUCCUGAAGUUGUUAGGAUGUAAAAAAUUGAAAUUUAACUCUAUUUAUUGUUUGGUGUUGACUCGAUUGUGAUGUUUUCAUCCUCCUGAGAUAUUGAAUGUUAUGUAUUUACACCAUUCCUGUGUACAUUUGCAAUGCCAUUUUUAUGGCGUAACUAUAAUGGUAAUGUGGAAAAUAAAGAUUUACUGUAACAUA